UACAGAGAUGUAGCAAACCGAUUUCUUCAGUUCGCCAUGGAAACACGGUGAUUGAACCAGUAGCACUAGGAGUCAUGUCACACCGUGAUAUGUUUUACGGAUGCAGACUGGUCGCUGUGCUUCUCAUUUGUCUCGACGUCUUUGCUGGAGACAAACACACAGGGCCUGAUCAUGCAGCAGAGCGCAGGAAACACUCUGUCGAGCUGGAGGACGUAGUGAUAGUGAUCCAGAGCCAGAGGAACUCCUACCAUGCCCGUCGCAGUGGUCAAAGGAAAGUGGAGAUUCUGCAGCAGGCAGCCCGACUUGGGCAGGGAGUUCCAGUGAUUGUUCUUCUCCAUGAGCUGUCACAGUAUGAAGGGGACUGGAGUAUCCUCCCUGCACUUCCUCGGCUCUUUGUCAAAUAUGGACAUUCAGCUUCCUGGUUGUUCUUCAUAGAGGAGGAAACCAAAGUCACACUGUCUGCUCUGCUGGAGGUCCUCAACAGAUAUCCAGCUCAAGAGGAGUGGUUUUUGGGUAAGCGUCUCCAUGACAACGAGGCCUCCAUCAUUCACCACUAUGCCUUCUCUGAGGACCCCAGUUCCUUCAGUUACCCUGACACCACAGCAGGCUGGGCUCUCAGUGCGCCGCUGCUCAAGAGACUCACAGAGCGGAUACGGUCUGAGAAUCUCAAGUCAGAUUUUACAAUCGACCUGAAGCAUGAGAUUGCUUUGUUUAUUUGGGAGGAAGGACAUGGCCCAAAGCUGACAGCAGUUCCAGAGUUUUGCACACAGCCGAGAGACGGCUGUGCUACCGCGUUUACAACCUACCUGCCCGACUGCGGGCAUCCAGUGUCGAAGAAUGAUGUAUUUGUUGCUGUGAAAACUUGCCAAAAGUUCCACUCAGAUCGAGUACCAGUGGUGAAGGCGACCUGGGAGAAAGAGUCUGGGUUUUUAGAGUAUUAUAGCGAUGUUACUGAUGCCUCCAUACCAACAGUCAGUUUGGGAGUGUCCAAUACUGAGAGGGAUGGACACUGUGGGAAGACGUUUGCAAUCUUGAGGCGGUUUUUAGGCAAAGCUGUGCCGAAAGCCGAUUGGCUGCUCAUCGUUGAUGAUGAUACUCUCAUCAGUUUACCCCGGUUGAGACAGUUGCUGCGUUGCUAUGACCCAAAGGAAGCAGUGAGCCUGGGGGAAAGAUAUGGCUAUGGCUUAACCCAGAAGGGAUACAGCUACACCACCGGAGGAGGAGGGAUGGUGCUCAGCAGGACGGCGGUGUCCAGGCUGCUUUCCAGUAGUUGUGGUUGCUACAGCGAUGAUGCUCCUGAUGACAUGGUGCUGGGCAGGUGCUUCACUACGCUCGGUGUUCCCAUUACACACAGUCCACUAUUCCACCAGGCCCGACCAGAUGACUACUCCGAGGAAAUGAUCUCCACGCAGCACGCCAUCUCCUUCCACAAGCACUGGAAUGUAGAUCCCGUGGCUGUCUACAGAUACUGGCUGCAGGACACGCGACCACGAGAUGAACUGUAGAAACUGUGUUUAUGCAUUUCAACUCUGCCAACAAGAGCUCGAAAUGUACGAAAGUGGUGGUGAUACAGCUUCAACUCCUGGAUCAAAGCAUGAAAUUCUCCCUGCUGCUGCCUUCUUGUAAGACGUGGAUUGAACCAAAUUCUUAGUCUCUUCCUUUUCUUCUUUAGAAAAGGGUCGGCUCAUCAUUGCUUGAUGUUGACUUCUGUUUUUCACUGUACGUUUUUUUUUUGUAGGACAAAUUUUCAGCAAAAACGCAACGCAUUCGACAUGCUAUAUACAUUACGCGACACGUUUGAAUCUGGACAUUUAACCAUUGUUUAUUUGCAACGCACUCUGUGAGUAAUGGACUUCAGACUAAAAGUUUGAUGAAUGCACUUUGUGAUGAUGGUAAAGUGAGGAGGAAUUUGCCCAACAUGUGAUAUUUUGCAGAAUUAGGAUCCAGAGUCGGACAAAGUAAACAAACAAAAUAUUAAUAGGUCACAAGCAGUGUUGGUCAAGUUACUUAAAAAUAGUAAUUAGUU